CCACCCAAUCGCGGUGACCCGGCGGCGCGCACGGUUGUUCUUAUCGCUUCCCGGAUCGCCUCUCGGUGUCGCCGCCGCGGCGAUGUCCGUCGUUCUGUCGCAUCGCCCGCCGACCGCUAUGUUUGCCUCUCGCGCUCCGCGCCUCCGCGUCCCGCCCGCGAUGCGUUGAGAAAGUGUCGAAACGUCGCCGCGCCGCGCGCGAGUUUCCAACGUUAACGACGACGCGCCGACGACCGACCGACGACGAGAUUCGCCCAACAUCUCCGUUCUCCAUGUCGCACGUGCGUCCCGUCGUCGGCACGAGAUUGAUCCGCACCGAUAGCGCGACGACGGGAAUGAGCUGCCCUGCGCGGGGAACGGCGGCGCGGGACACGUCUGAUUUUUGACAGGGAUUUCCCCGAUGCGGAUCGCGAGAACGGACGACGCGUGCCUCCUGGAUCCCCUGGAUUCCCACUGUCGCCACUGAAUUCAUCAUUCGACGUCCUGAGCGAGCGUCGUCGGCAACCCGCGCCACAAUGCCGAUGGCAGCAGCGAGAGGAACCGCCAGCAGCGAUCCAUCUGUAAAAAUGUAUAUAUAAGAGACAAGUAAGCAACGGAGACUGUAAAUAUGUCGGCUUGAUUGCCCGCGCAAGAUGAGAUUCAAUAAGCAGGAGCUAUUGACACUGGCUACGCAGCCUUCGCAGAAAUUCGAGAAGGAGGGUAUCCUGUACGUGAGAGAGCGGCAAGAGGGCUUCUUUCGCAGGACGGAAAGUACAGGUAAAAAACCCGAGAACAAAAAUCAGAAAGGAAGAUCGCAUAAGAGCCUACGAGAUCUCAAUUGCGUUACCGCCGGCGCGAGCAAAGUAAGUCUCGAACGAUGGUGCAGACUGCGAGGCAACCUUCUGUUCUAUUUCAAAUCGCGGGAGCAGUGGUCGGAGCCGCUGGGGGUGAUCAUACUGGAGCAGUGCACGGUCCGCGUGGAUCCGUCCAGCAAUCACGUUCCUUACGGAUUCAGCAUAGUUUUCGACGGAGGCUUGUUUCAACAGUUGGGCGCGAACACGGCCGAGGAACGGGACAGUUGGUUGCAGGCGCUGCAGCUGGCCAGCUACGAGUGCAUGCGGAGCCAAUUGCUGUCGCUGCGGCAGCGUAUCGAGGCCUUCAGCGGGCACAAGCACGACACCGACAUACAGAUGUUGCGGCUGCAGCGCGGGACCUUCACAGAUCCGGCGGAAGUACCAAUGUGCGAGGUAUCGUUAGCCUGCGACAAUCUGUUGUGCGAUGGGCACGGCCGACCGCCCACUCCCGUUUUAGAGAUAGAUGUACAGGCAAAAUCUUCCAAAACUUGGAUUAAGUACGCACGAACCGAAGUCAUAGAGCAAAGUAGUAAUCCGAAUUUCUUAACUACGGUAAGCUUUCGAGCCAGCGACGGGUUAACCACUGAAACGAAAAUUAGGAUAACCGCAUACGACGUCAGAGAAAGAGUCAGCCAGACCGCAACUCCAAUAGGAAGCGCGAUAGUGACAUUUAGCACAGUGCAAGACACUCCUAGAUUAAGGAUACCAUUAAAGUCAGCGAAAACAACGACAGUCGGAUUUUUAACAAUUAACGUGUGGAAUCUGGAAGCCGAGGAUAAAGGGAAUAGCACAGAGAGUACGCCGUCGCGAAAUGCAGUGUACAACAGUAAUAAUCAACAACAGCUGCCUUCGCACAGACGCUCGCAAUCGUUACCUCCGAGAUUAGGGACGAAAAUUAAGUUCCCGCAUCAAGGCCAGUUAAAACUUCUCUUUGCAAAUCCAUUCGUGCAGACUUACAGAUUCCACUCUGGAUUAGGGGGUGAUAUAUGCGUGCAUGAGAUUAUGGCCGAGAGUAAACUCUGUUUUCAAUUUCCGCAACAUUUGCUGGGUAUUUGGAUACAAGAGGAGAAAGAAUUGUUACAAGAGGUAGCUGGAAUGGGAGAGCUGAGGGAGCCUUGGCAUACGAAGCAAAUCGAAUUGCUCGAUCGCCAUCUUCACUUGUUACAUUUGUAUUCCCAAGCCAAAGAAAACUUAGCCGCCUACAAAGGGAGUUAUUUCAAGCAGUCGUCGCGUAAGAACGACCGCACUCUCGAAUUUGCGCCUUUGAAUUUACACCUUCAACGAAUGUGGGUCCACAACGACACGUUGAACAAGUGUGGGUUUUACGAUUUUAUUAGCGUAGGAGCGUUCACGGCUCAUUCCCAUAAAAGCAAAAACGGCGGACUCAUAAGAUUGGUGCAGGCACUGAAGGAGUCGCCCAUGCGAAGUAAUCAGCUGUAUCAGGGAACAUCCAAAAUUACGAUGGCGCACGACGCGAUCCAGGCGAUCAAGCAACUACGCCGGGACGUUGUAGAGGCAAUGAGAUCCUUGAUGAAACUCGCCAAGGAGAAGCAGACGAGUGGCAUGCUACCGAUAUGCGAGGACAUGAUCACGAAGACCAGGAUCUUGCUCAGUCUCUGGGAUCCCGGCUUGGUGGAGGAGGCUUUAACGUUUCUGGAAGAGUACAAAGUCGCGAAAGUCCAGGAUAACUCAACCACGUCCUCGGACGACACUCUGACGCUGGACUUUAAGGUCAAUCAAUCCCUGUCGCCGUUCAAACGGAUCACGCAGCAAUUGAACUUCGACUUGAGGAGCCCCGAUUUCGACGACUUCGUCACGCCCGACACUCCCGAGUGCGUGCAGGACAUCUGGUCGAAGAACGGCAUCAGGAACGGGGAGUACGCCUCCCUCGCGUACUCUAGAAACGAGGCGCCCAACAGUAACACCGGCGAGGGCGACAUCGCGGAAGAGAAUUUCGUGAUAUUCCCGGACGUGGAGGACGAUCCCAAGCAGACGGAGGCGGAAACCGGCGAGAAUGUUCAGCGAAAUCACGACAGCGAGAAGAAGGAGGGCUACGACGACGAGAAGGAAGACUUGAGGAACGACACCGAUCCGUGCAAGCGUUUCUUGGACACCCAGAAGAUGUGCAAUUCGCCAUCCGCGAAUUAUUACAAACCCACGGACGAGCCGGAGCCGUGGGAUCUCACUCAGUUGAACAUCGAGGCGAGCGUUAUGUGCCUCGUGUCGAAGGUCAAGUUUCUCUGCGGCAGAUGCAGCAGUCCGGCCGUGCGGUUGCGUAACAAGGGUAGCCUGGGCAGAUCGCAGAGCUUGAAGGGCUGCCUGCCGAGCAAUCGGCACAACGUCGAGGUCGUGACCAUUCAGCCGAAAAACGGCAUCAAAUGCGAGGAGUCGAACAAAUUGCUGGAGGAGUCGAGCCCGGGAAUGGAGAAACCGGCGCUCUCCAAGGCAAAGGAAGGGAUAACCGAUACUUACCGUAACUCGUCUUCCAAUGAAGUGUGCCAAGCGGUCGACUCGAUGACGCGCGUGAUCAAAAGUAAUUCGGGACAGAGGAACAAGUUCACCGAGGGCCUAGACUUCGCGUCGAUCGUCGACUGGACGAGCGAGCUCCGGCCGAGCAUGAAGAAGCUGCGGCAAGCCAUGGACGGUCUGCUGAAGACUGCAAGGCUGACGCACUCUGUGUUUCGCGUGCAGGAGGACUCGAAAACGGCGCAGCGCGCGUGCAACGUCCGGUACAGACGGGACGUUUGCUUCAGUCAAGCGCUAACUGCCUUAGUAACCGGCAUAAUGGCGAAACUGUGGUGCCAACGGCCCGACCCGAUGUUUCUGCUAAUACUCACAACUCUGGGACCACUGGUUUCCUUCGAAGGCCUUCUUAGCUAUUACGGAGACGAGAUUGACAUGUGGGGCGACAUGGCCGUGGCGGUCGAGGACACGCAUACCGUCACAUUCACUCUGUCCAGAUGUGGCAUUCAACCCAGGGUCGAAGGAAAAGCCAGCACGUUUCAGCUACCUGUGCCGCGCGUAGUAGGAUCGCGGAGCGCGCUGACGGUGAUACUCCCGGUUCCGGACGCGAUUUACUCCCUCUUGCCGUUAGUGCCCUCCUCGAGACAAACGUUGUCGUUCAACGUGACUCCGGUGUUCUUCAACGUCGGCAUCAACGAGAUGGCUUCCUUAGCCGAGAGCCUCGGCACCACGAAGCCGCAGGAGAAAAGCAAUAUGGAUAAUUUCGAUAGAUUGAACGAAUAUUACUUGAGAUUCAAAAAGCUGAAUCUACCGACGGAACCUACAUCCACGCGUUUUGCCGCUAGGUCGAUUCUGGGCCACACCUUGUCGGAUAUGAUGAUGAAUUUGAAGACAUGUGUGCAGGAAAGAGUCAACAAGAACGUAGAAAUCUUGCAACUGUCCUCGCAAAUAUGCCGAAGAAUGCGCGGAUUGAGAUUCACCAGCUGCAAAAGCGCGAAAGAUAGGACCGGUAUGGCGAUCACUCUUGAACAAGUCAAUAUAUUGUCGUCGGAAUACCAUCUGGCUGAACACGAGUACAUGAGGGCUCUCGACUGUAUGCGAAGCGAGGGCUGUCGCCGGGAGAACACGUGGAAGAACAUCGGCGUGCGCAAGUACGCGUUCAACAGCUUGCAGAUUCUGACGCUGCCCAGACUCUACCGGCCGCCGACCGGCACGUACGGCUCUGCCCAGACUUAAGGUGGAAGACCAAUUCAGCGUUCACGUACGCACACACAUUGCACGAAAUUAAAUUUGACUCUCUGGCUGUGUAAUCGCGGAUUAACUUCCGUAGUAUGCGCUAAGUAUGUAGUACUUGUUAACAGGAUAACAGACGCUGAACGCCGAGAUGCGUUCGAGUGACGUAAUUCUUUAGAGAAUUUAUUGGGGGCACGCGAAUGGCACGUGUUAGGCAUACGAUGCCCCAACCAGGGACGUAGCAAUAUGAUAACGAAAAGAAAGAGCUUCGCUUUUUAAUUUUUUUUUUUGUUGAGAUUGGUUUUUUUUUGUUUACGCGUUUUGAGAUUCAACCAACAAUUGUGUCGUUGUGUAUGAGAAAUUUACACGUUUCGUUUUCGAGCGUAAGAGCCGUAGAGCUACGCUCCCGAAAGUAUUUAAGUGCGUUAUCGCCUAGAUUUGCGACGUAGAGCCGACGCGAAUUAACGCGAACUCGGUGCCGCGAAGUGAUAAGCGGUGAAUUAUUUACGUGUACUGUAAUGGGGCUGUAGGGCUGUAAAUCGGAUUAAGAUGGAACCUCCCCUACCGAUUCGCUUCCAUUCGCCAACGUAUUUUUUUAGAGAUUCUUUCAGUGCUGUUUCUAUGGUGCAGGUUUUUAAUUUUGAUCCAAUUUCACUCCAACCCGCGUGUUGCUGGCGAGUUUUUGCAAUAUCGUAAACGCCCUCGGAUACCGUAAACGCUGAACUCGCUGAGCUUGGUAUAUUUCGCACAAGUAUAUUUCGCAUAAGACUACAAAUAAAUCAUGAGUUAUCAGUCCAUUUCCGCAGCGUUGCAUGUGAUCUUUAGCGUUUACCAUAUUAAAAAAAAAAUGCGAUAUUGCAAAAGCUGUCUGUUAUAUCUAACCGAAUCUUAUCGUGUUUGUUGAAUCGAUUACUCGCCUUUACAGGAAUAAUUAGCUCGGUGCCAUUUUUCUGCCAUAUUAUUACUCAUGGAAUAUCCGAUAAUCCUUAGCAUCGUUAGCAUCGAUUUCGAAGAGAUAUCGCGAGAUAUCGUGUAAACGUUAUUCGGCAACGAGUGACGUAUUGUAUUUAAACGGGAGAAUGUUAUUUUCACAAAACGCGUGUCUAUGCGUGCGUGGAAAUUUCCGUGUUAAUAUAUCCAACAUUUUGUCAUACAAAAGAAUUCAAACACAUAAACACGUAGCCGUACCUCCAUCACCCCAAACUGAAUAAUCUACUAACGCGUUACCAUAUCUAUAAGUAUAGACGGUAGACUCCAACAGGUUGGACAAUUGUUUUCAAUAAAUUAUUAAUUUUACCCGA